AAGACUACAAUAGUGGAAGACUGGAGUGGCUCAGUACUCGGCGGAAGCCCGGAACCACAAGCUCUAUUUGAAGGGUCUGAAAUCUCCCUGAGGUAUCUUCUCUCCCGCUUGGAGAGAGCAUUAUCUUUCGAGGAACCAGCGGGACCAGAAGAAUCACAGGAGCAUUUCUCUUUCUCUAAUAUGCCCCAAGAAAUUUGUCUAAUAAAUAUGAACCUCCAUCCUGAAGUAUGUGUAAAAGUACAGGGAGAUAUACUACCUAAUCCCCAAAAAUUUCAAAUUGACCUGGGCAAGGAUAAAUUUAACCUCAGCCUACACUUCAACCCACGCUUCUACCAGAAUGCCAUUGUCUGCAACUCCUUUAUAGAUGGGCAGUGGGGCGAAGAACAACAGGAGGAUACAUUUCCCUUUAAGGGAGGGACAACCACAGAGAUUUCCAUUAUCUUUGAUGGGAGCAAGUUUUUGAUAAAGCUGCCUGGUGGUUAUCAGUUCACUUUCCCCAAUCGCCAAAAUUUAGAAGACCUUGACUACCUGUCAGUUAAUGGUGAUUUCAAUGUCAAAAGGGUGGAUUUCGAUUGAGCCUUCCAAUCAAGCCAGAAUCAGACCACUCCUGAUUCUUGAGGUUCUCUUAUUCCUAAUAAAAUUGUUGAUGAUGAUAA